AGCCUUGCCAAACAGAGCAUGACCGCCUGGGCUUUAUCAUAUGCACACCCUUAUCGCUCAGAGAGCUCCCUCUCUCUCUCUCUCUCUCUCUGCACAAUUAUUGCGUGUCGAACAAGCUAGUCAGGGUCUCAGAGUCUCUCUCUCACAUAAUGGUUCUGCUUCAAAGCCGUACCAGCAACGGAGGAUCAGAGCCAGACCACUUCACGGAUGGCGAUCCCAUCGACGCCUCCGAAACGCACCGUUUCAGCGACGACUUCGACGACUCAACAUGCUCCACCCCUUACGUCAGUGCCCCGUCAAGUCCGGGCCGGAGCCCCAUCACCAGCGGUGGAUACUUCUUCAGCGCACCCGCCAGCCCCAUGCACUUUGUGUUAUCCUCCGCUCCGUCCGCCACGUGUCCCCCCUCGCCCCAGUCCGUCGACACUUCGUCGUUCGAUGAGUUCGAGUUCUCAGCCCGGUGCUCUCCCAACGGCUCCGUAACCGUUGGAUCAAUGAGCUCGGCCGACGAGCUGUUCCUCAACGGUCAGAUCAGACCCAUGAAGCUGUCCUCCCACUUGCAGAGGCCCCAGAUCUUGUCCCCACUCCUGGAUCUCGACGAAGACGAAGAACACGAAGAGGAAGAAACUGCGAAGAACGCGCGCUCGGAUUCAUUGCACAGAGGCAGAGAUCUCAAGCUACGCAGUCGAUCUCUGCACCGAAAAGCGAGAUCUUUAUCACCCCUUCGAAACGCAGAGUUUCAGUGGCUUCACCAUGAAGAAGAUAACGACAAGGCUAAACACGUCGACAAGGAAGAUAAGCAAAGCGAAACGACCACCGUAUCCACCGAAACGACACCGUCUUGCUCCGCUUCGUCGUCGAGGUCAUCCUCCGCGGGGAGAAACUCGAAGAAGUGGGUAUUCUUGAAGGACCUCUUGUACAGAAGCAAGAGCGAAGGGAGAGGGAACGGGAAGGAAAAAUUCUGGUCAUACAUUUCGUCCAAGGAAAAACCGGAGAGGCAGAAGCAAAAGCAGAAGCAGAAGGAGAAGGAGAAGCAAAAGCAAGCUGCUGGAAGACCGACCAAUGGGGUGGCGGCAGGGAAGCGGAGGGCGCCUGCUCGGUCACCGCACGAGUUGCAUUACACGGCGAAUAGAGCGCAGGCGGAGGAGCUCAAGAAGAGGACCUACUUGCCCUACAAGCAAGGCCUGCUUGGGUGCCUGGGGUUCAGUUCCAAAGGAUACGGUGCGCUUAAUGGCCUCACUAGGGCUUUGAACCCAGUGUCUUCCACGUAGACCAUAGACACAUAGGUCCUUAAUUAAUUUGUACCAUAAAUAUAUAUAUCAUGUAAUUUUUAUUUAAGGAUAUCAUACGAUGCGUAUGUACAGUGCCCAAACUCUGUUGGUCUGAUGAAUAUUCUAGUGUGCAUCAGUAUGUAAGCCCCUAAGUUUGAAGCUUACCCCUUUUGUUUA